AUGACAACUAAACAAGAAAUACAAUGGAAAGAAAUUCUUCAAAGAAAACAAUCUAUAAUAAAUAAUAAACAAAUAUUUCUUUAUAAUAUUUUAAUAAGUUGUUAUAUGAAAAACCGUUUAAAUAUUCUUUUAACAAAUAUCGAUUUAAAAAAUAAAAAUUUAACUAAAAAUACAUUUCAAUAUGAUGAUUAUAUAUAUAAAAAUUCUUUAAUUACACAUAUUUGUUUAUCAAAUAUAUGGAUUAAAAGACGUGAAUAUUUAAUUGAUGAUGCAUUAAUUUACCUUUUAAGUGAAUUUCAAAUAAUUGAAUGUUUAACACGUAAAAGACAAUUAUUUAUACAAUUAUGUGGUACACGUGAAACAUUUUUUAAUAUACCUUAUUAUAUAACAAGAAAUUUAAAAGAAAAACAACGAAAUAAUUUAAGAUUAGAUAAAUUUAAUAGAAGAAAACGUACAGUACAAUUUCAUUUGCAUGCAACUAAACAAGGACAACAAGCACAUUUAACUGAUUUAUAUGAAGUAUUAAUUGCUAAAAAUAUGAUACAAUAUCAUAUAUCGAAAUAUGAACGAUUUGAUAUUCAUCAUCCAAUUGAAAAAUUAUAUAAUGGGCAAUUAUUUGUUGAUUCUUUAUUUGAAUCAAAUUUUAGUAAAACAUUUUUUAGUCAUCGACCAAAAGAAGAAGUGGAACAAAUUCGUGAAAAUCUAAAACCAAUAUUUGAAAAAUUUCAAUUAAAUCAUCAUCAAUUUUUUCUUCGACGUCGAUCACGGUUACCAUUGUCAUUUACAAAUCAUCAUGUUCCUGAACCAACUGCUACACUUGAUCAAUUAACUCCCUUAACAACACCAAUUUCUUCUAUAAAAAAUUUUAUUCGUAUUUGGUUAAAAAAUAUUUUACCAAUAGAAUUAUUUGGUUCAAAAUAUAAUCAUAAAUUAUUUAUAUAUAAAAUGUGUUUUCUUAUUGAAUUACCACGAAUUCAAGAAUAUUCAUUAGGUGAUGCUGUACGAAAGCUAAAAUUUAAACAUUUUCAAUGGUCAAAUAUUCAAAUGCUAAAUUCAUUAUCACUUAUAUGUCAAUUAUAUAAUUGUCAUUUAAUUCAUUUUCUUAUACAAUAUGUUCUUAUAUUAGUUCGUUCAUAUUUUUAUGUUACAGAAGCAUCAUCACCAUCUCAUCAACUUGAACUUAUUUUCUAUCGACAUAAAAUUUGGUAUGCUAUACAACAAAAAUCUCGUAAAGAAUUAUUUUAUAAAUCUUGUUGUCCAAAUGUUGAACAAGAAAAUGUUAAUAAUGAUGAUUGUAUACGUUAUUUAUGGAAAAUACGGUUUGUACCUAAAAUAACAAAUGUACGUUAUUUAGCAUGUGCACAAAUAGAAUUUAAUACUAGAGAAAAUAUAAAUCAUUUAAAAUAUACGAAUGAAGCAUUAAAAUAUCUUCGAAGACAUAAUAGACAUUUAAUGGGUAUAUCUACAUUUAAUCGUGUUGAAAUGCAUCGACGAUGGCAAGAUUAUUGUCGAAUUGCACCAAAAAUAGAUGACGAAAGCAUGACUUAUUUUUUGAGAAGUGAUCUUUCGAAUUUUUAUGAUUCAGUUAAUCUUGAUUAUCUUGAUAAAGUGAUUGAAUUUCUUGACAAUUGUGAAUUUAAUUAUGAUUUAUAUAUUCACACAAUAUAUAAAUCUCAAUAUCGUAAUGGACGUUUUAUUCGUCGAAAAACAAUUUAUUGGGUAGGAAAAGAAAAUGAACAAAUGUUUGAAAUAAUGACUGAUGCUACAAAACGUGUAAGUAAUGGAACAUUUCAUGAUAUGAUUAUUCAUGAUGUUCAUGUUGAAAUUUAUAAUAAAGAAAAAUUACUUAAAUAUAUUCGUGCUCAAUUAUUCAAUUCAUAUCUUUAUACAAUGCAUCCAAAAAAAUUGCCAAUUAAAACAUUUCGUCGUAUAAUUGGUAUUAAUCAUGGUUUACGAAUAGCUUCAAUGCUUGGACAAAUAUAUUUAAAUAAAAUUGAUCAUGAUAUUGAUUUUAGUCCUAUAUCAGAUGAAUUUGCUGUACGUCAUGAAGAUGAUUUAUUAAUUAUAUCACCACAUCGUUAUCGUCUACGUCGUAUUAAAUUAAAUAUAACUAAAAGACUAAUUGAAUUACAUCAUAUAAAUAAUUCAUUAACAAAUUCAUUAAAAACAAAAACAAAUAUACGUCAUAGAACAAUGAAAAAAUUUCGUCCUGUUGAAUAUUGGGGUUCACUUGUUGAUAUAAAAUCACGUGAAAUACUUGUUACAUUAAAUCAAAACGAAAAUAUUGAAAAAAAAAUUAAUCAAUUAACUAUAAAAAUAACACGUGAAACAGGUUAUCAUUUACGUCAUUCAUUAAUUAAUGCAUUAUAUUUACGUUCACAUUCAUAUUAUUUUGAUCGUUUAUAUACAUCAGAUCAAACAUUAAUAAGAAAUUUUUAUUAUUUAUCAUGUUAUUUUCUUAAACGUUUACAUUCAAUGUGUUAUCGUUUUGCACAAUUUUACUCAAAUAAAUAUAUACAAUCAAAAAGUUUAUUUCUAUUUCGUACAAUGCGUUCAGGUUUACGUAUGUUGAUUAAGAAAACAUUUAAUUAUAAUAAAAAAUCUAUUAAAUUACUUGAUCAAUGUAAAUAUAUAUUUUUUCUAUCAUGUAUUCGUUUAAUUAAACAAAAUAAACAUCUAUUCCAAAGUAAUAUUAUUAUAACAAGAUGUUUACAUAUGAUUCGAAAAUUAAAAUAUUUAAAUAAGCAAAGAAAAAUUGAUGUGAAAAAAGUUAUUGGAUCUGAAUAA